UUCAAUUACCUAUUUGCUUCAUUACAGCUAAUAAGAAACUUCCUAAGUCAACUAUACCCAAAGUCUAAGUAAACUACUUUGAAGUCUAAACAAAAUUGUUGCCAUUAUUCAUUUCCUUUAUGUCUUCAUUGUCUCAACAAAGCAACGCAUACACCAAUAAUCAUUACACUUUUUUCACUUUUCACUUUGUUAUAGCUAUACAAUUACACCAUCAUGGUUGAUAUGCUAGGCUCAUUUGUCUGCAAUCUUGCAAGUACUGUUGGAUAGGAUAGCUCAUCCUGAUUUUAUCGACUUCUUUCGAGGAAACCAUCUUGAUGAGACACUUCUAGACAAGUUGAAGAUGCUUUUGCUAUCUGUCACUAUAGUGCUUAAUGAUGCUGAGGAGAAGCAGUUUUUUGAUCCAUUCGUGAAGGAAUGGGUUGAUAAGCUUAAGAAUGCUGCCUAUGAUGCUGAUGAUGUCUUGGAUGAGAUUGCCACCAAAGCCAUACAAGACAAGAUGGAUCCUAGGUUCAACACAACCAUACAUCAGGUAAAAGAUUAUGCUUCCUCUCUCAAUCCCUUUUCUAAACGAGUUCAAUCUAAAAUUGGUAGGAUAGUUGAGAGGUUGAAAUCUAUAUUAGAGCAUAAAAAUCUUCUUGGUCUUAAGGAAGGAGGUGUAGGUAAACCACUCUCGUUAGGUUCAGAGACAACUUCUUUGGUGGAUGAACAUCGUGUGUACGGUAGACAUGGUGAUAAGGAGAAGAUUAUAGACUUCUUGUUGGCUGGAGACUCCAAUGGAGAGUGGGUGCCGGUAGUUGCGAUUGUUGGAACGGGAGGGGUAGGAAAGACUACUCUUGCUCAAGUUUUGUACAAUGAUGAACGUGUGAGGAACCAUUUUCAAUCUAGAUCAUGGGCCUCGGUGUCAGAGACUUCAAAUGUGAAUGAAAUAACCAGAAAAGCUUUUGAGUCUUUCACUUUGAUGUAUUCUAAUAUCUCAGACUUGAAUAUACUCCAAAUCAAACUUAAGGAUAGACUGGCCGGACAAAGGUUUCUACUUGUUCUGGAUGGGUUUUGGAAUGAGAACUUUCUUGACUGGGAUAUCUUCCAAAGACCCUUUCUAUCAGGAAACUAUGGUAGCAGAAUCAUUGUCACAACGCGUAGUCAAAGUUUUGCAACAUUGAUCGGUGCUGAUUUAAAUCAUUCCCUCUCGCAUUUAUCUCAUGAAGAUACUUGGAAGUUAUUCGCUAGUCAUGCAUUCAAAUCAGUGAACCCGACCGAGCAUCCCAUGUUGGCUCAAAUUGGCCAAAAAAUAGUAAAAAAGUGCAAUGGUCUCCCUCUAGCCGCAAAAGCACUAGGGAGUCUCCUACGUACAAAAGAUGUUGGGGAGUGGGAAGGUAUAUGUUAUAGUAGGAUAUGGGAAUUACCAACUGAUAAGUGUAGCAUUCUUCCUGCCUUAAGAUUGAGCUACAGUCAUCUACCUUCUCAUUUAAAGCGAUGUUUUACUUAUUGUUCCAUAUUUCCAAAAGGAUAUGAAAUAAAAAAGUGGAACUUGAUCUAUUUAUGGAUGGCUGAAGGUAUCCUACCACAACAAAGAACGGAUAAGAGAAUGGAAGAUGUAAGAGAAGAAUGCUUUGAAGUGUUACUAUCUAGAUCGUUCUUUUAUCAAUCAACCUACCAUGCAUCACAUUAUAUGAUGCAUGACCUUAUCCAUGAUGUAGCACAAUUUGUUGCAGGUGAAUUCUGUUACAACUUAGAUGAUAACAAUCCAAGAAAAAUCACGACUAUUGUUCGCCAUUUAUCUUAUUUACAAGAUUCAAUUGGAGUUUUGAUGCAUAUGCGGUAUUUGGAUCUUUCUUACACAGGAAUUGAGUGUUUGCCUGAUUCAGUGAGCACUUUGUAUAACUUGGAGACGUUGUUGUUAUCCGGUUGUCGUUGUCUCACUAUAUUACCAGAAAACAUGUCCAACCUCAUCAACUUGCGCCAACUUGAUAUUAGUGGAAGCACCGUUACAUCAAUGCCUCCAAAAUUUGGUAAAUUGAAGUCUCUUCAAGUUUUGACCAAUUUUACAGUAGGCAAUGCAAGGGGAUCGAAAAUUGGUGAGCUAGGGAAGCUUUCGAAACUCCACGGAACACUUUCAAUUGGGAGCCUACAAAAUGUAAUUGAUGCAAUAGAAGCCUCUCAUGUCCAGUUGAAGAGUAAGAAAUGUCUUCAUGAACUAGAAUUCAAGUGGUCAACUACAACUCAUGAUGAAGAGAGUGAAACUAAUGUACUCGACAUGCUUGAGCCACAUGAAAAUGUAAAGAGACUUCUUAUCCAGAAUUUUGGCGGCAAAAAAUUGCCAAAUUGGUUAGGGAACUCUCCAUUUUCUAGCAUGGUGUUUCUACAACUAACUAGUUGUGAAAAUUGCAAGUCACUGCCAUCACUUGGACAAUUGUCCUGCCUCGAAGAACUUUGUAUAUCAAAGAUGAAAAGUUUACAGAAGGUUGGUCUAGAAUUCUAUGGGAAUGUAAUUGAGCCAUUCAAAUCAUUGAAAAUUAUGAAAUUUGAGGACAUGCCCAGUUGGGAAGAAUGGUCAACCCAUAGAUUUGAAGAGAAUGAGGAGUUCCCUUCACUCCUAGAACUUCACAUAGAGAGAUGUCCAAAAUUCACCAAAAAGCUACCUGACCACCUCCCUUCCUUAGAUAAAUUAAUGAUCACUGGAUGCCAAGCUCUAACAAGUCCAAUGCCAUGGGUUCCAAGACUGAGAGAAUUAGUGCUGACCGGUUGUGACGCGUUAGUGUCAUUAUCUGAGAAAAUGAUGCAGGGAAAUAAAUGUCUUCAAAUCAUUGCCAUAAACAAUUGCUCAUCUCUUGUCACAAUCUCUAUGAAUGGUCUACCAAGUACAUUAAAAUCACUUGAAAUCUAUGAGUGCAGAAAUUUACAACUAUUUCAUCCCCAGAGUUUGAUGCUGGAUUCUCACUACUAUUUUUCCCUUGAAAAAUUACACUUAAGAUGUUGUGAUUCUCUGAUCUCAUUUCCGCUAUCCCUCUUCCACAAAUUUGAAGAUUUACAUGUACAAAAUUGCAACAAUCUCAAUUUUAUUUCCUGUGCUCCAAACAGUACUCUCCCAUAUUUUCGGAAGUUAAAAUUGAAACAGUGAUCCAAACUGUCUCAGUUUCCUGAAGGAGGGUUGCAUGCUCCAAAACUUGAGUCUCUUUCCAUCAUCAAAUGUGUUGAUUUCUCAUCUGAGACUGCAUGGUGUCUUCAGACAAUGACAUCUCUAUCUUCUCUUCACAUCAGUGGACUUCCUAGUCUCACUUCACUAGAGAAUACAGGAGUUCAGUUCCUAACAUCUCUCAAAAGUUUGAAGAUUAAAGCUUGUUUUAACCUUGGAUCUCUUCCUUUAGACACACUAGUUAACUCCCUUUCUCAUCUUACUAUCAGAGCAUGUCCAUUGUUAAAACUGCUAUGUAAAAAAGACACGGGGGAAUACUGGAGUAUGGUCUCUCGCAUACCCUUCAGAAUCAUUGAAGACUAGAUCACAUACAUUAGUUUGAUAUGUUAGGUAUCUUGUCGAUAUUUCAAUGUAUAUUUAAGAUAUAUUUGUAUUGUAAUAAUUUGUUAUAAUCAAAACACAUUCAUUAGUCAUUACUAACAGAGAACAAUGACAUUUCAAUCAAUAUUAUCAAA